AUGGGGAUGGGUCGCCAACCUAAACUCAACCACAGCACUGACAAGGUUCGAGAGUCGCGGUAUGACCAGUUCAAUGAGGGCUUGGCGACCGGCGUAAACAACCGCUCUGAGCCCCUCGAGGAUUGGCACAGCGACUGCAGCUUGGUGGACGAGCUAGAUGCUCAACAAAUCAAGGAGUCCAUCGAAGACGGGUGGCAGUGCUCGCACUGGCCUGCGCUCAUAAGAUACAACGGUGAUCGUCCACCAAGCCUGGAUCGCAAAGACCACACGAAGAUCGACGGUCGUAUCAUCGUGAAGGACGUGCCGGCUCCGGUUCAGGAGAGCCCCAACGAUAUGUACUAUUCCAGGGUCUCGAAUAGUAACAAGUACUACUCGAUCGCUUCUUCCAGGCACUGCAUCACACUGUCGUUAAGGACCGCUCUGAGUCGAUCGGGGACCGCGCUGCUGAAGUACCACCGCGACCAACUGUCAAGUCUCGACCGUAAAUCCCGGCAGAAGGUGGAUGGCCGAUCAGUACUGGUAGACACACCAGCACCUUUCCCAGAAAACCCAUACGACAAUUACCACCCGGCCAAUCUUGACAGCUUGAAGUGCUGUUCAACAGCAGCCUUCCGUUAUUACAUUGGAAGGCAUAUCAAGAAGGCCAUCAUGGAUGAAGUGGAUGUAAAGAUCGUCGCCACACGCGUCCACAAGAUCCUUGCCAUUCCUCGUGGGGAAGCCCUGACUACCGCUGAUGACUUGGCUACCUACAACGAGCGGGAAGACAGAUACCAGCGUGAGUUUGCCGAGCACGUCGAAGCGGCCUCGGUGGCAAAGAGCGCGAAGGUGAAGGACUCCAAGACGGACUUAGCAAAGAUCGGAUCCAAGUUCGCAAAGCUGUCGGUGCUGUGUACGCACAUCGGCUUCUCCGGGCUCGACAAUAUGUCGACGGCGGCCAUCCGUGCGCAGCGGCGCGAGGUUCUCCCUCUUCUCACCGCGAGGAUGAAGACAGCUGGAGCCUUGAACCCAGAGGAUAUAGAUCGCCCGCUGGAUAGCGACGAAGAGGUUCUACGGCAAUUCUUGUGGGGCUCGCCCAGGAUAAAGUACUUGCUUUGGGAAAUCCAGCGGGUGAUCUUGGGUAACACCAAGGUCGCCAGCCACCGGAAGAUCUUCGCAACCUUCCAAUUCCCCAGAUCUGCUGAGAUGUUCCUGAAGCUUGUGGAGUUCCUUGGAAUUCGUGCGAAUAUCCGGGCCUUCAACGAAGAGGACAUGCCGCAAAUCCUCAUAACAACGUAUGCUCUCAACAUCGCUGACCAUGACGCUCAACAUCGUUGUGCUACCGUCGUGCAUGUUGAGCCGGCGUUCAAUUGGGCUACAGAGCAUCAGGCGGCCUCACGAGUCUAUCGUUUUGGACAAGAAGAAGAGGUCGAAAUUGUGCGCUUGUUCACCGAAGGAACUUACCAGGAGCUGCAUGAGGCGGGCAUGAUCAAGAAAGCCAACUCCAUGUUUGCCGCUUUUGGUGAGCUGCAAUCUGCAAGUGAGGGCCUCGAGGACCGGGAGAAGAUGACGACAGAGGAGAUCGCGAAAGGUGUAUUCGGCAUAGUCCGGGAUCGUGUGCGAGGCCGCGACGACAAAGACGUGCAAUCAGCCAAGGAGGAUGCUAUCACAAAGGCCAAAGGCAAGGGCAAGGGCAGAUCGGUAGAGUAG